AUGGACACCGGGGCCGGACGGACCCCUCCUCCAGCGGCGGCGGCGGCGGCGGACACCGGCGACGAGCCACGGGACGCGCGUGUCGUGAGGGAGAUCCUGCGUUCGAUGGGGCUUAAUGAAGGGGACUACGAGCCGGCGGUGGUCCACCAGUUCCUGAUGCUCGCCCACCGGUACGCCCGCGACGUGCUCGGCGACGCGCUGGCCUACGCGGGUCACGCCGGCAGGGCGUCGCUCCAAGCAGACGACGUUCACCUCGCCCUCCGCUCCAAGCAGACGACGUUCGGCCACGAGCCGCCGGGCCGCGAGGUUUUUCUUGAAAUGGCUCAUAGCUGCAACAGAACUCCUUUGCCCAUGGCCCCUCCCGGAUCAAUUUGUCUACCACAUAAUCAAGACAUGAUGUUGGGACAAAAAUACUUAUGCAUUCCUCAAAUGAAGCCAUCGAUUGAUAAUGUUGAGGGAACCAAGAACGACAGCACCGGUGAAACCUCGAAUCCUAAAGUUGCUUCUCCCAGUUGCAAGAAUGAAGAUCAAACUAGUAGUUGUAAUCAACAAUCUAAGAGGGUUUCCUCCCAACUCAAUGCUAUGGCUGCUAGGGCAGCAAGGCGAUGGAUAAUGAAGAACAGAAGAUCCCAAAAGUCUCAGCCUUGAACAUGAAUAAUCUCUGUUCAAAUCAUUAUGUCUUUGUUUAAUCAAUUUGUCGUCGUUGAAAAAAAUCUAGCAUAAUGAUGUAAAAGGGUUGUUGGUUCACCAACAAGUGCAUCUCAACUUGGCACAUCUAAACUUUAUGCAAAUAUCUCGCUAGUGGU